AUGCAUUUAUUGCAUCUGGCGAUUUUCCCAGACGCCAUCCUGAGUAUGAUGCUGGAUUUGACUGAUCAUGCUACACCUCACCGCGAUCAAGCAUUGACAGAAAUGUGGGAAAACUACAGGGGCUGGUGCGAGUCUCUGGGAGUGGCCGACAGAGCCCGCAGAAAGCUGUUCUCGUCGAAGACAUUGCGGCCGAACCACAAGGAGUACAGGACGAUAUCGCAGAAGAUCCUCAGUGCCAGCGCGGCACGUUACCUGAUGAUGUGGAUGAAGGCUUACGUGGUGUCACUCCUGAAUGCUGAGCCCGAGAGCCUCUUCCUUCAGUGCCUUGGAAGUUUAAGUAUUCUAUGUUGUGCAUUGUGCUGUGUGUUUCUGUGCGCGCUUUGGGAGAAUCAGACAAAUGCAGACAAUAAAAGGAUUUAUGGCUAG